AUGGACUCGAAGCGACUGAAGACGGAGCCGGAAGAAGUCGAUGAAUUCGCCGAGCCAAUCGACGAGUUGAUGCCCGCUCAAGUUGCUGAAAGCAUUGUUUCUAACCCCAACAACCAGGACGAGCAUCUACUGUCUAUCCUGAAUGCAAGUUCGGACGAUGAUCUAGACCAAGACGAGCGCGGAAGCCAUUCAGAGGAAGAAGAAGUGGACGACGACGAAGACGAUUGGCAAGACGAGCUCAUUGAAGAAAUGGAAAAGGCUCUUGAUUAUAAGGGCGAGUCGCAAACGCCAGAUGGGGUUCCGCUGUUGGUGAUGCCUGCAGACAUCGUCAAGCAGAUUCGAACUGAUCUAUUCACCAGUGGUCCUUUAGUGUUCACGGCGAAAUACCUGAUUCAAAGCCGCGAAUAUAGCCCUGCUGAGCUGCUCUCUUCUCUUGGGUUCAGGCUGCCUCUUCCAGUGGUUGAAAAGUACUCAAGCUCUCAGCUCGCCUUGAUGCUGCAGAUAGCCAUGCGGCACGUGCUAUCAAAAAGGCAGCGCCUGGACUCUCCACGGACUAUUGACCAAGUCGUGGAGCUCAUCAAGAACGCCAAAAACAUCAUUGUUCUUACCGGAGCAGGCAUUUCUACGUCUUUAGGUAUCCCCGAUUUUCGAUCAGAUAACGGCCUCUAUGCUCAGCUCGAGCAUCUAGGACUAACUGAUCCGCAAGAGGUUUUUGAUAUCAACUUGUUUAGAGAAGAUCCGCGAAUUUUCUAUUCAAUUGCUCGCAAGGUGUUGCCCGAAUCGACUAAAUAUUCGCCCACCCAUCGGUUUAUCAAAAUGCUUGACGAGCGAGGCAAAUUGCUGCGCAACUACACGCAAAAUAUCGAUAAUCUGGAGCAUUAUGCAGGCCUGGCUCCAGAAAAGCUCGUGCAAUGCCACGGAUCGUUUGGUACUGCCCGUUGCAUGUCUUGCAGUAAGCAGAUCCCCGGCGAGUCAAUAUACAAAGAGAUCCGCGAGGGCAUCGUGCCGAAAUGUCCUGAUUGUGCAAAGAAGCGAAAACGAAUGGAGGAUGAUGAAAACGCCUACGGCGACGAAAGCUUUGGAGUGUUUAAACCAGACAUCACCUUCUUUGGCGAGGCCCUGCCUGACCGGUUCGAGGAUAUGCUAGUGAAACAAGGCGAUGCUCGCAACUGCGAUUUACUCAUUUGCCUGGGCACUUCGCUGAAAGUAGCUCCUGUUUCUGAAAUUGUCAAGAUCGUGGGCUACGACGUUCCGCAGAUUUAUAUUUCAAGAACGCCGGCGAGACACCUGAACUUUGACGUCAGUAUGUUGGGCUCUUGUGAUCAGGCUAUUGAAUUACUGUGUGAUUUGCUGCAAUGGCCUAUCGACCAUGAGAUGGCGACAAGGCCGCCUGGAAUGGAUCAGAACAAGUACCCGGGAGGAACUAUAGCUGGAGAGGACGGGGUUUAUAAGUUCAUUCCUGAUGAACAAGAGGUGAAGGAGGAGGUCAAUCAAGAAAAGUCCAUUCAUGACGCGGCCGAAGAGGCUGCAGAGGCCGCAAUAGAGGCAUUAGAACAUUCAUCUGCUCCUUCAGCCGCCACAACGCUUUCGCAUUUAAAUCCAGCCCUCUAA